CUAAAUCGCCCGUCUCCAACUCACCUAGGUCUAUGAUAUCAUCAUCGCAAUUUCUAUGCAGCAUAAACACUUGGUAUAUUAGAAGAUCUCACGAAAUUUCACCUCACCAUGGACAUUCACAAUCUCUCCAAUCCCCGCAGGGGAAACCAGCUGCCGACCUUCAAAUCACACAGUCUACACGUCCCCCGAUGUAAGCGUAACGUCUACCCCACAAACCCAUUCCCCAUCCACCCCAACACCUCAACACCUCUCCUCUAA